AUGGUAACGGCAGUGGUAACGGUGAUGGUGACGGUGGUGUUGGUGACGGCGGCGGUGGUGUUGGUGAUGACGGUGGUGGUGACGGCGGUGUUGGUGAUGAUGGUGGUGGUGACGGUGGUGUUGGUGAUGACGGUGGUGUUGGUGACGGCGGUGUUGGUGAUGUUGGUGAUGACGGUGGUGGUGACGGUGAUGUUGGUGAUGACGGUGGUGUUGGUGACGACGGUGGUGUUGGUGAUGACGGUGGUGGUGAUGGGCGGUGUUGGUGAUAGUGGUGUUGGUGAUGACGGUGGUGGUGACGGUGGUGUUGGUGAUGACGGUGGUGUUGGUGAUGGUGGUGUUGGUGUUGGUGAUGACGGUGGUGGUGACGGCGGUGUUGGUGAUGGUGGUGGUGGUGAUGACGGUGGUGGUGACGGUGAUGUUGGUGAUGAUGGUGGUGUUGGUGACGACGGUGGUGGUGUUGGUGAUGACGGUGGUGUUGGUGAUGACGGUGGUGGUGAUGGGCGGUGUUGGUGA